GAACUAAUUAUGUGCUCUUGAAAUUGAUAACUUGUUUUUUCAUGACAAACUAAGGCGAAAGGGUCUGAAAAACAAAGGGCAUGUAGUUCAAACAUGUGCAUGCAAUAUGAACCAAUCACUUAACAACAAUACUUCUGAACAAAGCAGGAGAGACUCAGAAUCAUUCAAAGAGAAGAGUGUGGCACAAGACAUGAAAGGUGAAGAAAUUGGAAAAAGUGAAAGCAACACAUGGUCAGUUUUUAUGAAGGAGAGGAGUAUGAGCAUGAAUGCAUCUUUAUCCCCAGUUUUUCUCUCAAGUGUGAGAAAAUCCCCUAAAACAGAGGGCCAUCCGAAUGCUCUUAAGAACAUAAGAAACUACGCACUCUUACAAGCCUCAAUAAUUGAUAUGAUCCAUCGCAAUGAAGGCAAUGAAAUUGGUCCGUUGCGUAAGUCCUUUUCUGCGUUGGAUUUUCGCCUUCCUCCAGACAAGCUAUCAAGCCUCUACUCCCAGUUCAGAAAUUGAGCCACCACAUGUGAUUUUCUAAUUUCUGUUAUAAUUCCUGUCGACUUAAGUCUGAA